AUGAGGAAAGUCAUCACUGUGGAUGCAACUUUCCUGAAGACUGUUGAAGGUGGUUGUUUAGUUAUUGCCACGGCUCAGGAUCCAAACUUUCACCAUUAUCCAAUAGUAUUUGCUGUCGUUGAUGGGGAGAAAAAAGAAAGUUGGAAUUGGUUUUUUACGACGCUAAAAACUGUUAUACCGGAUUCGACGGAAUUGGUGUUUGUUUCAGACAGAAAUGAAAGUUUGAUAAAAGCUAUUGCUGAAGUAUAUCUGAUGUCUAAACAUGGGUAUUGUAUCUGGCAUCUAUCGCACAAUGUGAAAGUUCAUGUCAGACAAGGCAGGGACGAGGUAGCAGUACAAUUCAGAAAAAUUACAUGUCUUUAUUUAGAGGCUGAGUUUGAAAAGCAGUAUGAAGAUUUUAGGGAGAUGUAUCCAUCGUGUGCUAGGUAUCUUGAUAAAAGUGUCGAUGUCAAAAAGUGGGCGAAGUGUCAUUUCCCCGGUGCAAGGUACAACAUAGACACCUCUAAUUGUGCGGAGUCUUUGAAUGCGCUAUUUGAAAAGGCGCAGUCUUUAUUGCCUAUGCUUGAUACAGUUAUUGACAAAAUGGUUGAGUGGUUCAACAGACAUAGGAAGGAUGCAGCAGCCGGACCGUCGUCUCGAAAAUUGGUGCCUUUAGUGGAGAACAAAAUCCAUGACAGAGUACCGAAAGGUUCAAGAGUAAAAGUAACUCCGCUAAACACAUUUCAGCUUGAAUACAGUGUUAUUGGAGCAGACGGGAAGACUUAUUUGGUGGAUUUGCACAAGAAAACGUGCAGUUGCAGGAAGUUUGAUAUAGAUAAAUAUCCAUGUAGACAUGCAAUAGGCGUUGUCAUUAAGUGUUUGAGGCAUGAUAAACCAAUAGAGUGGAGUGACAUGUAUGAUUUCAUCUCGCAUUAUUACUUCAUUACAGUGUGGGCUUUGGCGUAUAGAAGGACUGUAUAUCCAGUCCCUCAUAUGUCUGAUUGGAUGGUUCCUAAAAAAGUCGCGGAUAAGUGUCCCUUACCUCCAGAGUACGAGAAAAGAAAGGGAAGACAUCAGGAAAAAAGAUUUCCUUUGGCAGGAGAAAGUCGGCCCUGUCCCCGUCGUAAUAAGUAUAUCCCGAAUAGGAAAUUGGCUAGCUAUUUCAACUGCUCGCAGGGAACUCAAGGAAUAGAAGGAUCACAAGGAACACAAGGGACUCAAGGGACUCAAAGGACUCAAGGAAUACAAGGGACUCAAGGAACACAAGGAACUCAAGGAACACAAGGGACUCAAGGAUCACAAGGGACUCAAGGAACACAAGGGACUCAAGGAACACAAAGAACUCAAGGAACACAAGGGACUCAAGGAUCACAAGGCACUUAA